AUGAAAAUAAAAUCUCUCACCCGGCCUGCGGCGCCGCCAGGUGACGCCGUCCGCCAACCUCGAAAUCUCGAUCCCGCACAUCAUCCUUUUGAAAGAGCCCGUGAAUACACAAGAGCCCUCAAUGCUGUCAAGAUGGAACGUAUGUUUGCUGCGCCUUUCAUCGCUCAACUUGGUAAUGGCCACGUCGACGGGGUCUAUUCCAUGGCAAAAGAUCCUGGUUCACUCGAAAGAUUGGCUAGCGGGAGCGGCGAUGGUGUAGUCAAAGUGUGGAAUUUGACCAGUCGUGAUGAGAUUUGGCAGACAAGAGCUCAUGAAAAUGUGGUGAGAAGUGUCUGUUGGACUCCGGAUCGAAAGUUGCUUUCGUGUGCCACCGAUAAAUCCAUCAAACUAUGGGAUCCUUACAGUACCGACAACAAUACUGCUCCACAGGCGACAUACUUAGGACAGGGCGCUUUCACGUCCCUCUCUCAUCAUCGCGAUCACUCUUCUUUUGCUGCUUCAUCCAGUUCUAUCUCCAUCUACGACCUUUCUCGCCCUUCCUCUGGGCCAACCCAGGUCCUGAAAUGGCCCACAUCCACUGAUACCAUUACUGCCAUUUCCUUCAAUCAAACAGAGACGUCAAUCCUUGCCUCCGCCGCCCUAGAUAGGGCAAUUAUCCUUUACGACCUUCGGACAUCCUCCCCUCUGGCCAAAACCACACUUCGUUUUGCGUCAAAUGCGAUUUCGUGGAACCCUAUGGAGGCCUUUAACUUUGCAGUGGCCAACGAAGAUCACAACAUUUAUAUUUUCGACAUGAGAAAACUCGAUAGAGCGUUGAAUGUAUUGAAAGAUCACGUGGCUGCCGUCAUGGACGUCGAAUUCAGCCCAACCGGCGAGGAGCUAGUCAGUGCUUCAUAUGAUCGGACCAUUCGACUAUGGAACCGGGAUCGAGGCCAUUCCAGAGACAUAUACCAUACUAAACGUAUGCAAAGAGUCUUUUCAGCCAGGUUUACCCCCGACAAUAAUUAUGUUCUUUCCGGAUCAGAUGAUGGAAACAUCCGAUUAUGGCGAUCAGAUGCUUCUAGUCGAGCUGGUGUCAAGUCAGCUAGACAAAGACAAAAGCUCGAAUACGAUCAAGCUCUGGUUAAGAGAUAUGCACAUAUGCCUGAAAUCAGAAGAAUCAAACGGCAUCGACAUAUCCCCAAGACUGUCAAGAAGGCGGGUGAGAUCAAAGGAGAGGAACUCAAGUCCAUCAAACGCAAGGAAGAGAACGUCCGGAAGCAUAGUAAGAAGGGCAGUAUGCCUCGUCAAAGUGAAAGAGAAAAGAUGGUUCUGGCGGCUGAAAAGUAA